CCUCCAUCGUCUCUAGCUCAGCCAUGUUUUCGAGAGCAGUUUCUGCAGCGCGUCCUGCUGCUUCGAGAGCUUUUCGCUCGAAUGUAACCCCCUCUACUUCCGUUCGCGCUUUUUCUGUUUCUUCUCGUUCCUCUUCCGGAGGCCAUGGUCCACCACCACCUCAAAUCUUCGGUCCUGGUAUCCAGCCUGGUGAAGUCCCUGGCAUCCAUGAGCAGUCCACCGGUUUGGAACGUCUUCAGCAUCUUGGAGAGCUCGAGGGAAUCCCGGCCUUUGACACCGCUGCUCUGGACUCCAGCCGAGUUGGUACAAAACAGAACCCAAUCCUUGUUGCUUCUGCUCAUUCGGAGCGUCUUGUUGGCUGCACGGGCUCACCCGCUGACUCCCAUGACGUUCUUUGGUUCCCUUUGCUGAAGGGCAGACAACACCGCUGCCUUGAAUGCGGCUCAGGCGCGUCCUAAUUUUACUCUUCCGCACACAGAUUAGUUGACCUCACUACAGUUUAUCAAAUGGAUUAUUAUGGCCUGGAACAAGACGACCACCAUCACCAUUAAGUGAAUAUAGAGGACGUAUUCCAAAGAAAUGCAUGUCUUGUCGUGAACAAUAAUCCAAGUCACUAUUCUUCUCCCUCCGAGAUGCGCUUCUAUUAUCACUGUCUGCAAGUCUUUGAUAUGACUAGACUGGGUCUUGUCAAGGUCUGCUGCUGACUCUCAAAUUGUAAGUGGAGACGAAAUGAAGUACGGAUAGGCAAAUGCGAGUAAUUUGGUCGUCAUUACUUUGCUUACCGCUCGACACUUGGAGUAGCCUAGAAGGACGUAUCUCCUUCAAAGUCCAUGAUUAGCUGGUGUACGAUCACGGAGUGCUCAUGGCUGUCAUCGCCGUUUUCUUACAAUCACUCAACGUGCAUUACACGAUGCUGAUCUUGAUAUGACCGCCUCAUUCUGCACAUGAAUAGAAGCGGAGAUGCGAGGACAGUAUGCCAUUGACUAUCACCCCGUCGUCCGCGGUUUGGUUCACUGAAACUUAUCCGAACAGUGACCGUUUAUGCCCUUCAAUUCUACUUAAGUACUUUAUAUUCUCGAGCCUUCCUUUUUGUUGACCAAUUCUUGCUUGCUUAUAAUGCAGCAAGUACUUAGGACUAUCAAUGGUAUCCACGGCCGACCUUGGCACCAUUGACGCGUUUAAUAACGAUCGCGUCACCGUCACCAGGGGCUGUUUUUGGCUCUCGAUUCUCGAAUCAUGAAAGUAUUGUCUUUAAACAACGCGGCAUGGCCUGUUCAUAUA